AUUUAAAUAGAAAAUGGGCUCGAAGCGCCCUAAGGGCCUAGUAUAAAUAAUUCGUACUGAAGUCUCAUCCUUUGUGGGUUGCCAAAUCAGCUGAUUCCUCUACAGUACACUACACUUCAGUCUGCUACACGAAUUUUAAGCUUUCUGUUUCGCUUUUUAACUUUAGUUACUGAAAACGUGAAUUUGAAGUUAACUCUACAUUCCCUGAAGACAGUGUUUGUGACGAAAAGAGAAAAUAAAAACGAGUUUAAGUAUGUCUGAACAGAAGCGAAUGGCAAGAUGGUAUUUUGGUGGAUUAGCAAGCGCUGGUGCAGCAUGUAUUACACAUCCUUUAGAUCUACUGAAAGUCCAUCUACAGACUCAGACAGAUAGUAAGAUGGGUGUUCUGCAGCAAACAGUCAAAAUAGUGAAGGGUGAAGGUGUUCUAGCUCUAUACAAUGGUUUAUCUGCAUCUCUGGUUCGACAGCUCACAUAUUCCACAACACGGUUCGCUAUAUAUGAGUUAGCAAAGCAGUCUGCAGCCCCGAAUGGUGAGAAGAUUCCCUUCCUGAAAUCCCUUGUGAUGGCUGCAGUAGCUGGGGGGUGUGGAGGGUUUGUGGGUACUCCAGGUGACAUGGUGAAUGUAAGAAUGCAGAACGAUAUUAAACUUCCUCUGGAUCAAAGAAGAAAGCGCAUGCUGAUGACAAUAGGUCAGCUGUGUUUCUAUGACCAAGUAAAAGCUUUCCUGCUCACCACACCGUAUUUUACUGAUGGUAUAGCGACCCAUAUGACGGCCAGCCUGGCUGCGGGUGCUAUUGCUACGACGAUGACCCAGCCCCUUGAUGUUCUAAAGACAAGAUCAAUGAACGCUAAACCUGGAGAGUUCAGAGGUGCACUUCAUCUCAUAUCCUUCACGGCUAGCCAGGGACCAACUGCAUUCUAUAAGGGAUACCUGCCAGCCUUUGUUAGACUGGGGCCUCAUACCAUCCUCACCUUUGUAUUCUUUGAACAACUCAGAAUGAGAUUUGGAUUUAUUCCUACCAAAUAAUCCUGCCAACUUAUCAAAUAUUUAGACUAGUAGUAAUCUACAGGGUUUAAUUAAUAAUGCCUAUAUCUGUUCCAAUACACAUCAGUUAAUUUUUUAAUGUUAGGUAUUGCCCAAAUAAAUUUUCCAAAGGUA